GGGGCCCGGCUGAGCGGCGCGGACCGGCCUGCGGCGGGGCGGGCGCGGCCGCCGGGGAUGCCCAGUGGAAGGGGCCCAGGGGUCAUCUGUUAAUCCAGCAUUCGGUGGACGGUGCUAGAAGUCAAGUUCCAGCCUCUUGCACGUGACCCGCGGCUGGCUCCUCAGGUGGUGGCUGUUCUGAUCCUCCUGGGAACAGCAUCUGUCAGCACUCACUCCUGUGAUCCCCCAGGAAGCCCCUGGCCGAGUGCAGAGUCCUUUGAGCAACAGGGGACUGAAGGGUCAGAGCUCAGACCCUGCAGCCAGGUGCCCGAGUUCCCAUCCUGGCACCGUGGAACGUUGGGCUUUUCCAUCUGAAGAAUGUCAUCUGUCUCAUAGAGCUGGGAGCUUAAAGGAGAUAAUCUGUGUAAAGCACUUAAAACAGUGUCUUACCAGGGGUGCACGUACUCGGUCAUGAGACGAGUGCGCACCGAGCAGAUUCAGAUGGCCGUGUCCUGCUACCUCAAGCGCCGGCAGUACGUGGACGCAGACGGUCCCCUGAAGCAAGGGCUGCGGCUGUCACAGACUGCUGAGGAGAUGGCAACCAACCUCACAGUCCAGUCAGAGUCUGGCUGUGCCAACAUCGUGUCUGCAGCCCCUUGCCAGGCAGAGCCCCAGCAGUACGAAGUGCAGUUUGGACGGCUGCGGAAUUUUCUCACCGAUUCUGAUUCCCAGCACAGGCACGAGGUCAUGCCCCUCCUCUACCCUCUCUUUGUCUACCUCCAUCUCCACCUGGUCCAGAACAGCCCCAAGAGCACCGUGGAGAGUUUCUACAGCCGCUUCCACGGGAUGUUCCUGCAGAACGCCAGCCAGAAGGACGUCGUCGAGCAGCUGCAGACCACUCAGACCAUUCAGGACAUCCUGUCGAACUCCAGGCUUCGCGCGUUCCUAGACAACAAGUACGUGGUCCGUCUCCAGGAAGACAGCUACAACUACCUGGUCCGCUACCUCCAGAGUGACAACAACACUGCCCUGUACAGAGUCCUCACCUUGCACGUCCACCUGGACGUGCAGCCCGCCAAGAGAACAGACUACCAGCUCUACGCCAGCGGCAGCUCCUCCCGCAGCGAGAGCAGCGGCCUGGAGCCCCCCGACAUGCCCAGCCCCAUCCUGCAGAACGAGGCCGCCCUGGAGGUCUUGCAGGAGAGCAUUAAGCGUGUCAAGGACGGGCCUCCGUCCCUCACCACCAUCUGCUUCUACGCCUUCUACAACACAGAGCAGCUGCUGAACACCGCAGAGAUAUCCCCCGACAGCAAGCUGCUGGCUGCUGGCUUUGACAACUCCUGUAUAAAACUCUGGAGCUUACGAUCCAAGAAGUUGAAAUCGGAGCCCCAUCGAGUGGACGUGUCCCGCAUCCACUUGGCUUGUGACAUCCUGGAGGAGGAGGACGAUGAGGUCGAUGGCGUGGGCACCGAGAUGAAGAUCCUCCGCGGACACUGUGGGCCCGUGUACAGUGCGCGGUUCCUCGCGGACAGCUCAGGGCUGCUCUCCUGUUCUGAAGACAUGUCCAUCCGGUACUGGGACCUGGGCAGCUUCACCAACACCGUGCUGUACCAGGGACACACGUACCCGGUGUGGGACCUGGACAUCAGCCCGUACAGCCUGUACUUCGCCAGCGGGUCCCACGACCGCACUGCCAGGCUGUGGUCAUUUGAUCGGACGUACCCGCUGAGGAUAUACGCAGGACACCUGGCAGAUGUGGACUGUGUCAGGUUCCACCCGAACUCAAACUACUUGGCCACGGGCUCGACCGACAAGACUGUGCGGCUGUGGAGCACUCAGCAGGGGAACUCGGUGAGGCUCUUCACGGGCCACCGCGGCCCCGUGCUGUCCCUCGCCUUUUCUCCCAAUGGUAAGUACUUAGCAUCUGCUGGUGAGGACCAGCGGCUGAAGCUGUGGGACUUGGCCUCUGGGACCCUGUAUAAAGAGCUGAGAGGCCACACAGAUAACAUCACCAGCCUGGCCUUCAGCCCGGACAGUGGCUUGGUUGCCUCGGCCUCCAUGGACAACUCGGUGCGUGUCUGGGACAUCAGGAACACACUCUGCAGUGCACCUGCCGACGGCUCCUCCAGCGAGCUCGUGGGCGUGUGCACUGGGAGGAUGAGCAAUGUCCUGAGUGUGCAGUUCAUGGCCUGUAACCUCCUUCUGGUGACUGGAAUUACCCAAGAAAAUCAGGAACAUUAAUUUUUUGUCUCUGUUGGAACAGACUGGGACAGUGGUGGAAAGCCUCCCCUGCGGUCUUUCGACAAGCAGAGAUGGAAUCACGGACUGUGAAAAAGCCCCUUCCCCUUUCUUCUGGCCCCUCCAUCAGCCCCCCAGUGUGGGAGGGCAGAGGGCAGGGCUGCGGUGGCGUAGUGGACAUGCGAUCGAGAACUGGGGUGGUCCGGAGGGCGAAGGCAAGUUCUCAGAGACCCCGCCGCGGCCGAGUGCCAGCACGUCCGUCUCUGUCCCACUUGGCCAGAGGGCCGUUGUGUGGUGCUCUCAGAGGCAGCACGGUGGGUGUCCCUGUGGCCAGCCCUGGUGGAAGGGACGUCCCUGUUAGUGGAGGGCUGCAGGGGUGAGAGCCAGGAAAAGGGAGGGGAGGAUCCUGGGAAAUGUCUUCCCUUUUCCAGAAUUACAGAGAACCCGGAUUUUUUAUUAUUGUUAUUGUAAUUAUAAUUAUUAUUAUUAUUAUUGAGAAGAGGAAACAUAGCACUGGCAGAGAGGGCCUUCUCUGCUUUUUUAUUUCAGGUUUGACUCCUGGCACUGGCUGUGAUACUUGGAAUUUUGAGGUUCAGGGAAUUCAGAGAAUUUGGUAGCACAGUGGACCAGGAGAAAGGGAAAUUUCGGGUGAUAGACCAAUCACUCCAGUGGACAUGUUUCUGGAGGUGGGUGGCUGGGUGGGUUUAACCAAGAACACUCUGGGCUCUUGCAGUGACUUUGGGAAAGAGAGAUUCUUUUUUAUGGCUGCACUUCUGUUAAUAAUUCUCUCCCUUGAAAAGAUUAUGAUAUAAGAUAAUCUGGAAUGAUACGUCACCAGAUAGAAAGAUGUGGGACUUACGCGUGGCGGAGCCUCCACAUGCCGUUCCCCUGGACCCGGGAGGUCUGCUCCCGCCUUCUGCCUGUGGUCCCGGUCCCAGGAGCACUUUGUGAGAUGCACACCCAUCUACCUGUGCUCCCAGGGGAAAGCAAGCUCUAAUUCAUGGAAAA